GGGAAAAAGGGGUUCACUGUGUGACAGGAGGCAAUCAGACUUUGGACCUCAUUGAAAUGGGAGUGUUAAGGCUGAUUAGUUAUUAACAUGGGCUGGAAUGACUGAGUCUUUUGUCAUCCGCCUCCUACACUUUUGCAAUAAGGUAAAGCGUUCAGCAGCUGUCAGAACCUUCCAGCUUGGGGGAGAGAGCGAGAGAGAGAAGAGGCUAUCUCUUCCCAGCUUGUAAGUCAUGUUGAAACGCCAAGGGAAGCGGUUAGGAUUCUGCCUAAGCGACAAAAAAAGGAAGAAGUUAAAUUUUCUCGUCUUUGCGGAGCUCUUCAGAUCGACUUGACCAAGUCCCUUGAGGAUCAGGGGCCCUUUGACGUGAUCAUUCACAAACUUUCUGACUUGAUAGUGGAGGCGGAUCAGUCAGAUUCACAGUCCCAGCAACUCCUCCAAAAGUUUCAGCCACCUCUGCCACAACUACAGAAUGGGUCCUGAUCAGGCCACCAAUUAGACAGAAGAUUGGUUAAUUGGUAUCUAACUUGACUGUCCCCAGCUCGCCCUGUUCCUGAAAAUUCAAUCUGGGAUCAUUGCAAGAAGCAUAAUGGAUUACAUUGAUUCCCAUCCUCGCACCAUCCUGUUGGACCCCUUGCCCGCCAUGCGCAGACUCGCGGACCGGUUUCAAUCCUACAAGCUUAUUCAGGAGCUGCAGAGCUUGGACCAAGAUAACCACUUCUGCAAUCCUCCCUAUCUGGAACUGGCAACAGGAAACCAGAAUGAGAUCUUGCGUCAGAUUAAAGAACAGAAGUUGUCCUUUCCAUUCAUUUGCAAAACCAGGGUUGCCCAGGGAUCGAGUUCCCAUGAUAUGGCUCUUAUCUUCAGUGAAGAUGGUCUACGAGAUAUCAGUCUCCCUUGUGUGCUACAGAGUUUCAUCAAUCACAAUGCCGUCCUCUAUAAAGUCUUUGUUGUUGGGCAGUCACAUUUUGUUGUUAAGAGACCGUCUCUCAAGAACUUCGCUAUUGGUAAAUCAGAUAGGAAAACAAUAUUCUUUAAUAGUCACGAAGUUUCAAAGCCGGAAUCACGCUCUCAUCUAACGGAGAGAGAUGAACGGGAGAACCUCCCCAGUGGCCCGUCAGAUGGGAUCAUUAAAUCCAUCAGCCGAUGCCUACAGAUGUCCCUGGGAUUGUCGCUGUUUGGGGUGGAUGUCAUUGUUGAUAGUAGAUCUGGCAAACUGGCAGUGAUUGACAUCAAUGCAUUCCCAGGAUAUGAAGGUGUCCCUGAAUUCUUCAGUGCCCUGUUGGACCAUGUUGAGAUGCUGCUACGUGAACAGGAAGGGAGUCCUGAUGGAGCUGACUCUGGUGCCAAUCAACCAGUCCCUCCACACUGGUGCCAAAGUCCCCAGCAGGAUGAAUCAGCCUCCAGCAACCUCAUGAAAGAAACUUGGAUUGCAGAGAAUUCUCUAGUGGGGAAACGGCCAGUGGACUCUGCCUGCUUCCAGGAAAUGGUCACCCAGUCACCCAUCCAUUCACAGUCCAGCUGUGAAUAGUCAAACCCUCCGAAAGACACCUAUUAGUAUAAUGGAAUUCAUUCAGAAAUUAGGAUAUUCAUUAAUAGGUUUAUUAUAUUUGGCUUAAUGUUAUGGAGAGUUUAGAAGCUGCUUUGUAUGUUCAACAUAUUACUGUAGAUUAGUUUCUUUUUAAUAAAACACUUUUCCAGGUAUCUCUCGGGUUGGAAUAUUUCUCAGAAGGAUCUGUCAACUCAUUCCUUUCGGUUUUUUGGAAUUGAUGGUGUGGAGGGGGCAGUGAAACAUGGAACAGUGCAGGAACAGGCCCUUCUGCCCACAAUGUCUGUGCUGAACAUGAUGCUGAAUGAAACUAAAUCUCUUCUGCCUGAACAUGGAUGCCCCAUAUCCCUUCCGUUCCCUGCACAUUCAUGCAUCUAUUUAACACUAUUGCAUCUGUUUCUACCCUUCCCUCAGCAGCCCAUUCCAGGCACCCACCACUCUAUGUAUAUUUUUAAAAAAAACUUGCCCCACAUAUCUCCUUUUAAACUUUCCCCCUCUCACCUUAAAUACACAUCCUCUAGUACUUGACAUUACUACCCUGGGGAAAAAGAUUCUGACCUUCUACCCUAUCGGCGCCUCUUGUAAAUUUUCUUCCUUCAGGUCUCUCCUCUGUCUCUGAUGCUCCAGAGAAAACAACCAAAGUCCUGAUGAAGGGUCUCAACCCGAAACAUUGACUGUUUAUUUCCCUUUGUAGAUUCUGCCUGACCUGCUGAGUUCCUCCAGCAUUUUGGGUGUUACUCCAAGUUUGUCCAACCUUUCCUUGUAGCUCAUGCCCUCUAAUCCAGGCAACAUCCUGGUAAACCUCUUCUGCACCCUCUACAAAGCCUCCACAUCCUUCCUGUAAUGGGAUGACCAGAAUUGCACACAAUACUCCAAGUGUGGCCUAACCAGAGGUUUAUACAGCUGCAAUAUGACUUCCUGACUCUUGUACUCAAUGCCCUAACCAAUGAAGGCAAGCAUGCCAUAUGCUACCUUUUACACACCCUGUCUCCUUGUGUGGCAACUUUCAGUGAACUAUGGACUUGGACCCCAAGGUCACUCUGUGCAAGAUGCAUUUCUAUAACAUUUUUGCAAGCUGUCCAAAACAUUUUGCAAAGAAGCAAACUCAGUGUUGUAAAUAUAGCACCUAGUUUGUACACAGCA